AUGAGCGAGCAAGAAUUCCAAGACGAAGACACCAUCUGCCGGUCCAUGCACCACCUCAGCACCGCCGCUUCCCACCACCACCUCCACCAACCCACCGCUGCCGCCGCCUCUGAAUUGCCGGAAGUAUACACCACCACUAAACGACAGUAUCCCCUUUCUCCUUCGUCCUUUCAGGAACCACUUCCGAAGAGGGCCAACCUCCACAACCCUUCAUCUCCUUCCACCGGUGCUGGCCACGACCUCUCGGGAUUCACGAGGCUCCCGCUCCCACACACAUUCCCCGCCGCCGCCUCUCUAUCUCCUCUCCGCCGUACGAUCUCCGAGCCCAUACGCUCCGACGUCAUCAAUCCUUCAGCUCCGCGGGCAUUUCCUACUUUCCCAGGUCCGGUUUCCAGCCAGCCGCAAGAAUACCCCAAUCUAAACCCCAUUCUUCAAGAUUCGGUUCAGCUUCCAAUUGCUGCGCCAGGUAUCCAUCGGACAGUUUCCGAUCCCAGUCCCCUCUCCAAUCACCCCGUGGUGGCCACCGGAAGCACGCCGCCGCUGUCACGUCGCCCCCCUCUGGCAAGAAAUGCUCAAAGGUCUCCGAGCUGUGACGAGAGUCCUAGUACCAAAAGGCUGAGGAGGAUGAAGGAGCGCCUGAAAGAGAUGAGCCAGUGGUGGAAUCAAGUGGUGCAUGAAGAUGAGGGUGAGGAUGAUGAAUCUGAAAAUGACUUCAUAGAGAACACUCAAAAGGAAGAAGCAAAAGAUGAUGAAGUGGGAAAUCCAACAAAAGAAGCUGUUUGGGUCGAGAAGAAUGGAGAAUGCUUGGUCCUCCAUUUCAAGUGCCCGUGCGGUACCGUUUAUCAGAUUUUGCUCUCUGGGAAUAACUGCUACUACAAACUGACUAAUUUCUGA